AUGGCUUUUGUGACGUCGCUUGGGGGAGUGGCCUCGUCCUUGUUCCUCGGCACAGUAGUUACUAGCCGGACUAUCCCUUCUCGUCGGCAGCGAUGCGCCAGAAGGAGCAUAACCCAAUUCCCCACAUGCCCUGGUAGGUGUGUCAUCCAAGCUUGCUCCACAUCCACAGAUGUCGAUCGCAAGCAGGCACUGUUUAAAGCGCUGAGCACAGUCAUAGACCCAGACCUGGGCCAGGAUAUCGUAACACUCGGAUUUAUCAAGGACGUCGAGUUUUCAGAAGUGCCAGGACUAAAAGGCAUGUACGAUGUGAGCUUCAAAGUUGAACUGACGACUCCAGCAUGCCCGGUGAAAGAUAUAUUCAAGAGUGACUGCAAGCGCUUGGCGGAAGACAUCUCGUUCGUGGGCAAGGCGAACGUCAUAAUGACAGCUGCUCCUCCCAGUGCGAAUGUUCCCACCCCUACUGGCGCGCUGGACAACAUUGGGGCCAUCGUUGCCGUCGCUAGCUGUAAAGGGGGCGUUGGGAAGAGUACCACGGCUGUGAACCUAGCUUUCUCGCUAGCCUCUCGAGGAGCAAGAGUUGGUAUCAUGGAUGCUGAUAUUUACGGCCCCAGCUUACCUACGCUUGUGGAACCAGAAGAGCGUGCUGUGCAGUUCAAAGACGGGCGGAUAAGACCACUUGAGGCGCACGGCGUCAAGUUGAUGUCGUUCGGAUAUGUGAAUCCAGAUUCAGCCAUCAUGCGAGGACCCAUGAUUGCAAACGUUUUGAAUCAGCUUCUCACCACGACGGAGUGGGGAGUUCUUGAUUAUCUUGUCAUUGACUUACCCCCCGGCACAGGGGACGUUCAACUGACCCUCAGUCAAAUUAUCAACAUGACUGCAGCUGUCAUUGUAACUACACCUCAAAAGCUUUCGUUUGUUGAUGUUGUCAAGGGAAUAGAUAUGUUCGACAAGGUAAGCGUGCCAAGUGUUGCAGUGGUCGAGAAUAUGUCAUACUUCGUUGCGCCGGACACCGGCGUGAAGCAUCACAUAUUUGGAAAAGGCCAUCAGCAGCGCCUAAUAGAACAGUAUGGCAUUACCGAUUCAUUCUCAAUGCCGAUCGAUCCUGAACUUUCUGAAAAGAGCGAUAGUGGGAUCCCGUAUGUUGUAGCGAAUCCUAAGUCAAUGCUCAGCGACGAGUAUCAGAGGCUUGCGUCUGCAGUGGUCCAAGAAGUAGCCAAAAUUCAGUAUGGCGGCUUGGGCAUUCCUGAUGUUCAAUGGGACGAGGCGUCAGGGAACAUCAACGUCAGAAUGCCAAACACGGAGACGACGCAAAAGAUUUGGCCAGCAACACUGAGAAGACAAUGUCGGUGUGCCCUUUGUGUAGAUGAAAUGACCGGUGCUCAGAAGUUGGACCCAGCCGAUGUCUCAGAUGACGUCCGACCCAUGAAGUUGGCACCGGUAGGAAAUUAUGCACUCGAUGUUCUUUGGAGUGAUGGCCACCCAAGUUUGUACCCGUAUUCUAGAUUCGUUGAGAACUGGAGAAACUCGAAGGAUAUGACUGAGGAAACAAAUGCAACGCAAAAGAACUCUCCGGUGGAGGUAUCAGCUGGUGGAUCGUAAAUUUGACUCGCCC